AUGGCAAGAAUUCUUCUCGAUUAUUCUGGCUCCGAUGUGCGGCUUUUUUUCCGAAUCUUCUUUGUUGUUGCAUUCAUCCUUAUCAAUCUUGUGGGAACCAAAUGUCUGGCAGCACGCGCUAAACUGAGGCUUUUCCAGCGACACACUGUUCCACUACCGUACAUGACUUCUUGGUUGGGCAGCUUCGACUCAUUGUAUGCCUUGCUUGUGGUAAAGACACUGCCAGGAGGAUGGCUGAGCUUGCUGAUGAUCUUUGCCUAUCUCUUGAACCUGGGCUCGGAUUUUACCUCGGCUCUUAUCAAGUCGGUGCUUGUCCACGACCGCUGCCAGUUCGGCACGGGCCUGGUGGUCCAAAGUGCGCUCAUCGAAGGUGUCCCUUGGAAUGGAGCGCCGUACACGGUCGUUUCACAAGCGCAAACCACCAGUUUGCUCAAUGACGGCCUGCAGGGAGUCUACAGAAAGGCAAACCGAGCCGUUGACUUCAGUGCCGAUGCCACUGACUUACUGGGCAACUGGCACUGCGUCAGAAAUUCUCUUGAACUGGAUUAUCCCUGGGAUGUAUCAGUCGACGACAUAGUGGUCAGUCUGCAACAACAUGAUCUUCUUUAUGACACCCCGUACGCUGUCUCCGCCUCGAUCGGCAACAUAUCUCAUUUAGUGAUCGUUGAUACGUCCGUUGGAGAUAAUGUUGGCGCCGUCUUCGAUGUUCGGUUCUCGGUCGAUACCACUGCAUAUGGCAACGAGACGAAACACAUGCAAAGUUACGAAUGCUCUCUGAAUGACACGUACGGAGAGCUUCAGCCGGUUCAAGAAAUGAUACAUUCUCAUGACACUCUCAAGAACUGGGCUGAAGUCUUCCAAGGUGCGGUAUACGAGGGCACAGGCACCCCUGCAUCCAACAACACCGGUGGGAUCCUGGAACAAGUUCUCAACUCAAUGACCAUGGUUGCGGGAGGCGACAACUACCUUCUCGACACCAGUCACUCUUCAGAGACACAGGGAUGCCUUACUCAACGCACGCACAUUUUCUGGGAGCUCAUCAUGCUUGCCGGUCUAACCCUCCUUCUCUUAGCUUUCCUGCUCCUCUUUUGGUUUGGGCUGAGUAUACGGAUAAAGAUACUGAGCGGCGGCACAGAUGCUGCAGACGCGGAAUGGAUUCAAGAGAAUACGCCGAUCGGAAACUUCGAGUGGAUGGCACAGGCUGUGAGAGAGUCUCAACGACCACGGCCUGUUGAAGUCAAGACUGCUCAUCUAAAGAACUGGCAUUUCGGAGGGAGCUCGGAGGGAGGUGGCGGUCUUUGGAUUACCAACAAAGCGACUCGUUCAAAUCUCACCGAGGAAGCAAUCUCUUUACGAUCCUCGAUUCCUUAG